AUGAUAAUGUGUGAGAGCGAUAACGAAAGUGAGAACAAUUCGUCGGCUCACAUUUCUGUUUUUGAGCAACGCGCAUACAUUAAAAUCGAAACGAUUCGUGGUAAAACAGUGCCUGAAAUUCAUGCCGCGUUAAAUGAAGUGUGUGGAACGGAUACUGUGGAUCGUAGUACGGUGCAAAAAAGCAAUAUUUGGAAGGGAAUAACAUCACCAAGAGCAAAAAAAGUUCGUCGCCAGCAAACAAAGGUGAAACAAAUGAUGAUUUUUGCUUACGAUAAACUUGGGAUAAUUGUCACUGAUCGAGUUCCAAUUGGCAGUAGUGUAACCGGGGAUUACUACAAAACAUUCCUUGCCAAAAAAUNAUAUUGCACGAUAAUGCGCGGCCGCAUAUCGGAGCACCAGUCGUCGCUCUUUUGGAGAAAUAUGGAUGGGAACGCCUCAAACACCCACCAUAUUCGCCGGAUUUAAGUUCCCCGGACUUUGAUUUAUUUCCAAAACUGAAGGAACCACUUAGAGGGAUCCGUUUUCCCAACUUAGAUAUACUAAAUGAAGAAGUGAGCCGAAGGAUCCAUGAACUCAACAAAGAUGGCGUCCUAUGCGGCAUUCAAGCGCUCCCGAAACGAUGGCAAUCGUGUAUAGACAAGCAGGGAGAUUAUAUCGAAGGUCUAUAAUAUUGUAUUUAGUUUAAAAUAAAAACUUAUUUAUUCAGAGCAAAUUGUGCAUUACUUUUGGGACAAUCCUCAUAUAAUACAAUAACAAUAUUAUGUUACCUUAGCUGUUUGAAUAGAGUGCCUACUGUAUGUAUAUAAUAAAUAAAGAUUACUUCCAAAAAUAGAAUUAAUAUGUACCCACAAGAAUUUGAAAUGUUUAAAACGCAUUACUCGUGUAGUAUGAGGACUUAAUGCGCCAAAACUUUUUUGGAACUCGAAACAAUACCGACAAUGAUUCGAAUACAAAC